AUGGAGGGGACGGUGUACAGCCAAUGUGUCAACCGCAUGGUGCCGAAUUGCGGUCCGAAUGUCGUCCCCGAGCUGAUGAUAAGCGCUCCGGCCGUGUCGCCCCUGGUGCUAGAGAGGCCGUACGAGUUCGCCCCAACAAUUAUCCAGGAUAGCAGCGUGGCGAACAGCUUGGCGAACGCCCUGCAGCUGCUCGUGGUCAGCAACCUGCUGAGCAGCACCCUGCCGAACGCCGGCUGCGAGCUGCUGGCCCCGGCGUUCGGUCCCGUUGAAAUGCUUCCCAGCUACGCGCCCAUCGAAGUGUACGGCGGUGGCCUUAUCAACCCGUACGGAUCCCCCUACAACUUGCCGGGCUACAAUUACAUUUAC